GAAAAAGAGAAGAUGGGUUGGAAUGUGGGAUAUAAAGAUGGUUAAAUGUAUGAAAAGGCUAUUACGUUAAAAAGAAAUAUGCAUUUUGAGAGUAAUUUAGGGACAAUAUUUGUAAUUUAAUUAGCAUCUUUUACGGUGUUCUGGUGAAGAGUGAAGACCUACUCUACCCGUGCACACUUUGUUUGUGUAUCCUGGCUAUUAGUAUAAAGAUUCGGGUAUUUUAGCUUCGGGCUUCUUCAUUCCGAUUCCAAUUCCAAUGGCGUCCUUUUUUUGCUCGACCAGGUUUUUGUUGCUUCUUCUGGUCCUAUCGGCGAUCCCUGUAGCCAUCAUCAUAUCCCUGGAAUCAGCUACUCCGAGCAGCCACUACUACCAGUUCCACAGCACCGGUUGGUUCAGAGAAUCCAGCAAAUGGGACGAAGUCAAACGUCGUUUCAUCGUUUCCUUCACGGACGGCGGCGGUCUUGGCGUGGUCAAUGUUCCUGAUGAUCAUAACCCCAACGACAACGUCGUCCUUGAAGAGAUCCCUGUCGUGAAGAAUACCGACGCCGUUGGGAACGGGACCUGUGGCCUUUUCAUUGACCGGCCGAGGAACCGGGUGGUGGUGGCCAUCGCCGAUGUUUUUGGAAACACUUACAGUGCUGUUGCGGCCUAUGAUAUGGAUUCAUGGAAACGCUUGUUUUUCACACAGCUUAGUUCCUCAGCAGAUGGAAAAAGCUUUGCAGAUGAUGUAGCCGUUGAUGCAGAAGGGAAUGCAUACGUAACAGAUGCGAAAGGUACACAAAUAUGGAAAGUUGGGGUAGACGGGGAAUUACUGUCGGUGAUAAGGAGCCCAGUAUUUCAUGCUAAAGAGUGGUACAAAGACAUAGUGACCCUGAACGGGAUCGCGUACCACCCAAAUGGCUACUUACUGGUGUCACACACCAUGACCGGAAAUCUGUUCAAGGUUGAAAUAAAAAACAACAAUAAAGUUACAGUGGUGAAGGUUGAUGGUAGCUUGAGCAUUGCAGAUGGGAUGGAACUUUUAGCCGGGGGAACUAAACUUGUUGUGGCAGGAGCCAAUGGUGUGAAGUUGGUGGAGAGCAAGGAUGAUUGGGCAACAGCUUCCGUGAUUGGAAGGUCACCCGUGCUUAAGCAUCGGAUUGCAACUGCUGCCCUUGUCAAGGAUGGGAAGGUGUAUAUCAAUCACGCACUUGGCAUGGGUUACCCAAACAAGAAACACGUCCUUCUCCAAGCCACUUUUUCUUCUUCUUAAUCUCAACACCACACCCUCUUUUCCUUUUCCUUUUCUUUUUACACUACUCAUUUAUGUUAUGUUGUAUUUGUAUGAUAAACCACGAACUCUUCUGCCAACUAUAUCUAUAUAUGCAACGGAAAACAAAACACGUCCAUGCUAAUUCCUACCUUCCUUGUUUGUAAUAUUAUUUAUUAUUCCGGGUAUUAAUAGAUAAGAUGGAGACCAUUUUCACCUCUACUACAUAAAACUCUAGCACAACAAAUAAGGAAAACAGAGACUUUGGGAGGAAAUAACAUUAUCAAACCCCACCCCACUCAAAAUCAACAACUCUACCCAAUACAUCCUCAUUCAUUCAUUCAUUCAUUACAAGAUUCAAUCACAACAAUAAUACAUACACCGCUGCCAUAUCUCUUAUUUAUCCUAACAGUAAUAUAUACAAAUGAGACACCCAUGCCAUCACAAAUGCUCUGCCUGCCCCACUCCCAUUUCCACCUUAUUAUUAUUAUUAUUAUUAUUAUUAUUAUUAUUAUUAUUAU